AUGGAAUAUUUACCCGACGAAUUAUUCUUAAUUAUCUUUUGUUAUUUAUCUAAACUUGAUAUUGUUUGUACAUUCAAUAAUCUCAAUCAUCGUUUUCAACAAUUAACUAGCCCAUACCUGUUCAAUAUUGAUUUUACACAGAAAAAUAAUAUCAACUAUCGAACUAUCUAUUCAUUUAUCAACGAAAUUCUACCAUCACAAGGUCACCAGAUUCGAAUUUUAACACUUCAAAUAGGCCAACAACAACGAUUAUUUCAAUCUCAUAUACAUCAAUUAACAAAUCUUACAUGUCUAACGUUAAAAUCAGAUGAAGCUUACAAACUCAACUCUACUGAUGAGCUUUAUCAAUUUCUCGCAAAUAUUUUAUCUCUUAAAACUUUAAAUAAACUUUCAAUUUCCAAAGGAAGAAAAGCCUUGAAAGCAAUAACCACUUUUGCAUCACGUAAUUUGACUCAUUUAAUUCUAUUACAAUCUCGCGAUCUUUCAUAUCUCAACUGCAAUUCAACAAUGCCUUUUAUUAAACGUCUUUCAGUAAAUUUAACGUUUGAAACAAUACCGAAAUUAUUUCAAAUUAUGACAAAUCUGAAAGAAUUGAAAUUAAUAUUAUAUAUUAAAUAUUGCUUUCAUUACCAUUGCCGCAAUCUAAAAGUACCAGAAACACUUGAAAAAUUACAUUUAGAAUUCAAAAAUCGAAGUCGAUAUCUCUAUUCUCCUUAUCGUAUUCAAGAAAUUGUGGAUCUUUUUAAAAAUAAUUUGAAAUGUAUGACACUUAUUUGCGGCCCUUUUCCGAACGAAUAUCGUAAAUACUAUGAUGAACUUCAAAGUUUCGUAAAUAGCUUCAUUCGUAUUGAAAAUUUUCAAUAUCAUAUACGAACAACACAUCAACCUGAUAUUCGCUUUUCAAAUAUUAAAAAGUGUUUUGACUCUUAUUUUUGUUUUGGUACUUUUCCACAAUCUAAUAUAUGUGACAGUAUAUCUAGUCGAACAACAUCUGAAUUUAGUUUGUGGCCAGAUCGUACGCCGGAAGAAUUACUUACAUGUUCUAAAUUGUAUAUUACCAGAAACCGUCAUCUUCCUUCUAUACUUCUAUCAAAAUUUGAAUCAAGAAACGAUCUGAGACUUUUAAAUUUAAAUGAAAUACGCUUUCAUCAUAACAUUGAAGAUAUUCCAUCAACAACACUCCAAUUACUAUCUAAAUUAAUUACUCUAUCACCUAACUUACAAACUUUAUUUAUUAUGAGUAGUUGUACACAAAAAAUGAUUCAAUAUUUAAAACAAAUAUUUUCAAAUUAG